GGAUGGGUUGAAUUAAAGUGACAGGACGGCAGUACAUGACAGUAGCUAAAGAGAUCAGAGUAGCACUCCAGAGUCUGAGCCGUGAGAGAUAUCCAAAAGGGAAGUAACCGUGCAGCAGCCAGCCCCAGAGAAAGGAGGAUAUAGAGCUUUUCACUAAAGCUAUAUAGCAUCCAUGUCUCUAAUAUAGCUUGUGAAGAACCCUCAUAGAAACUGGGAGAGAGAAAAACCUUUUAUAGUCUCACAGAUUUUUCUCCGUGUUAUUUGGAUUAUGCAUAUCUGUGCAUUCCACUUCACUGGACCUGGAUGCAGGAUCUAGCCAGCCAGAAUCCAGCAAGUCAGCUGGUCCUAUCAGUUUACCCCAAAGGGGCUUUUUUCCUCCCUUUUUCUCUUCUAUUUGUUUGAAAUGCCCAGAUGAGCAAGCAGCUGAAGCAAGAGGCAGUCGGUCAGCUGCAUAGUGAGCACAGGGGACCAGGAGGACCGCCGGUACAGUACAGGCAUCUUAAAAUAGACAUAUAAAAGGAGGAGAGGAGGAGGAGAGUGUUGUGUUGCAGAGCUGUGGUAUGCCCUGCUCUGUGCCUAGCAGUAGCAUGGCCGUGAUACAGGAGAAACAGAGGGAGACCCCCAGCAAGAAGCCAGUAUCCCAAGAAGACAGAAAGAGGCUUUCUACCAGAGACAAUCAAGACAACCAGAAGGACAGCAGAUCCGGGAGACAGGAAGAAAAAGGCAAUGACGACAUGAAGCCCCGUAAUUCAGAGAAGAGGAGAGCAGUCAUAUGUGUCCCUGCCUCCAUCAAAUCAGCUGUGAUCAGUAACAACACAAGUAGCCAUGGAAACCCAGCAGGCCCACAGGCACUGAAGGUUGAUGAGAGACUGAGACUAGCGAAAGAGCGGAGGGAGGAGCAUGAGAAACAACUUGUGUCCAGAGAGCUGGGCUGGUUGGCUCGAGAGGAGAGGGCCAGGCGUCUCUAUGAACAACAGCUGGAGGAGAGGAAGAGGAGGCUACAGGAGCAGAGAGAGAAGGAGGAGAAGAGGAGGACUGCUCUGGAGCGGAGGGAGGAGCAUCAGAAACAGCUUGUUUCCAGAGAGCUGGGCCGGUUGGCUCGAGAGGAGCGGGCCACGCGUCACUAUGAGCAGCAGAUGGAGGAGAGGAAGAGAAGGCUUCAGGAGCAGAGAGAGAAGGAGGCGAGGAGGCGCACCGCCGUGGAGGAGAAGAGGAGGCAGAGAAUGAAGGAGGAAUCAGAGCGCUAUGAGUCUGUGGUGAAGAAGACCUUGGAGAAGAGCCAGAGGAUUAAGCAGAGACUCAGCCAGGGCUCUCGAGGAAGGAAGACCGACAACAAGAGCGCUCCUCGCCGCUCCCCCCUGACUGCCUGGGAGAGGGCUCUGGUCAGUCGCCUCCUCACCCCGACCUGCUCCUACCUAGCCAGGAGCAGGAGUCAUAAUUGUCAGUCAAGAGAAGAAGAAGUUGUCCAUAUUUGUCCCCGUUCAGUUUCAUGCCACUCCAUACCUGCCACUGCCACCAACUCCCACAAAUCACCACGCCGCUCUGGCACAACUGACCACCACCUGGUGCAGGCAGACCUCCGGACAGACUACCGGGCUGACUACCGGUCUAUCAUCCAGGCAAACUACCAGGUAGCCACCUCCCCCAGUCCCAGCCGUACAAGCCGUAGAUCCAUCAAUGCGGCACAGUUAAAAGCAGCACAGCAGGAGGAAAAUGAGAGGACGGCCAGGAGGAAUACUCAGCAGCCUCAUAUACCCAAUGCUCCCUUGAAAGCAUUACCCACAAACCCACUACCCAACACUGGCGUGAAAGUGUUACCCACAAACCCACAGUGCAGCGCAGCAGAGCCCUCCCCAGAACGCAAACCUGUGAUCAGACACACAUCUGUGAUCAGACAGCCCCUAUCACAGCAGUUAGAGCUGGAACUGGACCCUGUACCAGAGGAGGACACUGUUCCAGUCCCCGACCCUACCCUCUCCCCUGGUAACUCACAGGCCAGCCAGACCAUUUCUCCUGGGGCUCCAGUCCCCGACCCUACCCUGUCCCCUGGGAACUCACGGCCCAUCAGGACCCCAGCUGCAGUGUGGGACCAGGUCCAACCAUUCCUACACUCCCCAGAACCUCAGACUCAGAGAGAAACCACACUUAGUACUGAAGGCAGUGCAGAGGAGGGUUUGGAUCUGAAAGUGAAAGCCCUCCCUCCUGGAGCCACUCCCAGCCCAAGGCCCUCUGCUGGCACCAUGGACCCAGAGGAGGCCUCACGUCUACUGGCCGAGAAGAGGAGAGAGGCCCGCCUGAAGAGAGAGAGAGAGGAGGAGGAAAGCCUGCGCAGGGAGGAGUUUGAGAGGCGAGGCAGAGAGGAGCUGGAACGCAGGAGGGUAGAGCAGCGAGCACGGCUAGAGGCUGAGGCCAAGUGGCUGGUAGAGGAGAGGAAGAGGAGGGAGGAAGAGGAGCAGAAACAUGCAGAGGAGGAGAGAGCCAGUGCAGAAGAAGAGAAAGCCCUCAGAGCCAUGCAGGAAGCUGCUCUCCUCCAGAAACAGAGAGAGGAGGAGGAGACCCAGGCCAGGGAGAAGGCAGAGCAGCAGAGGCUGGAGAGAGAAAAACACUUCCAGGAGGAGGAGGAACAACGACAGGAGAGAAAAAAGCGACUGGAGUUGAUCAUGAGGAGAACUAGGAAAGAAAAGCCUAUCCUGAAUGGGAACUCAAACGGUAACUCCUCCUCUCCAGAGGAAGCCCAACCAAAAGAGAACACUGAACCUGUUAAGAAUAGCAAAGGCACUUUAGAAGAGGUCGGGACAGGGAUCAAGCCGUCCAAGCUAGGUCUGUGUGACACAGAAGACAUGGUUCCUGUUGUGGCCUUCAAAGAACGCAGGUCCCUGAGAACUCUGACAGGCAUGGAGGAGAUCCAGUCCCAUCAGCGAGCAGAAGUUAUCUGAGUAUCGUACAGAUCAAAGAGGGGAGACAACCCAUCCAAGAAUCUUUCCACAGCUGUGGUGUUUUUUUCCUUUCAUCAACAAAGAAAAAAAUAGCUGCAGUCUUUUUCCUGUCCUGCACUUUGAGAGAGCGCAUGUGAUGUGAAACCAACGCACCCUCCUUUUCCCUGGAAGACGUUCCUAUCUCGGAGUCGAUCACCACCAUUUGGUCACGUUUCUCUUUUAAUCCAAAGUGGCACGAGCUGCAUGUGGUAUCACUAUCUACAUUCUACCACACUGGACAUGGGAGCUUGUUUGUUCAGUGUUUCUGCAAUGACUGUCUUAUUUGGCUAAAUGAGGGCUCAAGGCCGCAUAGCUGUAGAUUUCAACUGUGAUUAAAAAAUGAAUUCGCUUCGGUGGGAGUCAGCAAUCGAUUGUGAAAAGAUGUAUUCUCUCUCUGUUUCACAAUUCGUGACUGAUGUUUUUAGUCAUGUGCUUUAGCUUAUUCCCGAAGCGUUGACUAAAGCACUUUGCCUUGCAGAUAGUAGGAUAGUUUGUGUGUUGGAACUUGUGUACUAGUCUCAGAAUAAAAGCUUUAGUUUUGAGUUCAAAUAAAGAUCACUUUGUCUGACUUCCCCUAUUUUUGUGGAAUAUAUAAAACUGCUAUGGAACUUAUUUUCAGAAUAGUUACAGUACAUGUGUGGUUUAUAGUACUAUACUCACUCGUGGUUGACCACUUGCAAAGUGUUUUGGCAGUCCCCUUCUUGGAAAUUGUGCAAUCAUUUUAGAAAACAAAUUAUAAAAAGAGUCUGAAGUGUAAAAUGUAAGCCUGUUUAUUAAAAUGUACAAAAGUGUAAAAACAAAUAAAUAAAUUCGC